CUGGGUCAUCAGGCAUUGGAUCGUCUGGCAAGACUGCGGGCACCGAGUCAUCUGGCAAGACCGCGGGCACCAAGUCAUCUGGCAAGACCGCGGGCACCAAGUCAUCUGGCAAGACCGCGAGCUCUGAGUCAACCGGCCCGACAGCGGGCACAGCGGGCUCCGAGUCAACCGGCCCGACAGCGGGCUCCGAGUCAACUGGCAAGACCGCGGGCUCCGAGUCAUCUGGCAAGACCGCGGGCCCCGAGUCACCAGGCACAACAGCGGGCUCUGAGUCAACCGGCCCGACAGCGGGCUCUCGAGUCAACCGACAAGACAGCGGGCACCGAGUCGUCUGGCAGAACAGCGGGCAUCGAGUCAUCUGGCAAGACUGAGGGCACCGAGUCGUCUGGCAAGACUGCGGGCACUGAGUCAUCUGGCAAGACUGCGGGCACUGAGUCGUCUGGCAAGACAGCGGGCUCCGAGUCAUCUGGCAAGACGGCGGGCUCCGAGUCAUCUGGCAAGACAGCGGGCAUCGAGUCAUCUGGCAUCAGGCUGAAUUGAGACAUCAGGCUGAAUUGAGACAUCAGGCUGAAUUGUGGGCGCCGAGGCACCAGGC